GGUAUAGUUCCAGCGUUAGGUCGGUUCAUUAUUUGUUUUAAGGAGGAUUCAUUGAUUUCCGUUUCGAUUAUCUUCCCUUCAGUGAAUACAUAUCAAAAGGCGAACUAUCAAAAUGGCGCCACAUACUUCUAUACCAACUGAGCAUGAUGAGGAGAUGGUUGCAAAAGUAAUUCCACCAGAAGGGGUAAAACCAAGUGACCGCAAACUUGAACUGGUUUGGAAAAAUAUCAUCAUCUUCAUCUAUAUUCACGCUGUGGCUGUAUACGGGUUUUAUUUAUUGAUUACUUCUGCCAAGACAGCAACAUUCAUAUUUGAUGCUAUCGUGGCCUUUUGUGGUACAUUUGGUAUUACCGCUGGAGUUCACAGACUCUGGACCCAUCGUUCUUACACGGCAAAUGUUCCUCUAAGAAUUAUUUUGACUGUGUUUAACACAGUGGCUUUUCAGAGUUCUGUAAUAAGAUGGUCGAGGGAUCACAGAGUCCACCACAAAUUUAGCGAUACCGACGCUGAUCCUCACAAUGCCAAACGCGGAUUCUUCUUUUCUCAUGUCGGAUGGCUCCUUUGCCGCAAACAUCCCGAUGUCAAGAGCAAAGGAAAGAGUGUUGAUAUGUCUGAUUUGUAUGAUGACCCUAUACUUGCUUUCCAAGACCGAUACUACAUGAUUCUGGUGCUCUUUUUAUUCUUCAUUUUUCCAACAUUGACUCCAAUGUAUUUGUGGAACGAAACCUUUAUCAAUGCUUUCUGUGUUAAUAUCUUCAGAUACAUUUUUUCUUUACAUGCCACAUGGUUAAUUAACUCAGCUGCUCAUCUUUAUGGACAUAAACCCUAUGACAAAUACAUUAACCCAUCUCAACACCUGACAGUGUCUCUCCUCACUCUGGGUGAAGGAUGGCACAACUACCAUCACACCUUCCCAUGGGACUAUAAAACUUCCGAGUUGGGAAAAUACAGUGUAAAUUUAUCUACUGCAUUCAUUGACUUCUUUGCUAAAAUAGGUUGGGCCUACGACCUUAAAACGGUUUCAGAGGAUAUGAUUAGGAAGCGUGUUUUAAGAACGGGAGAUGGCAGCCAUGAAAUUUGGGGAUGGGGCGACAAAGACCAAGACAAGGAAGAUUACAAUGAUGUACUCAUCACUCACAAAAAAAGUUAAACAGUAGUUCCAGAAAAAGGUAGCUUCAGUACUUGAGAGACAGAAUACAGAAUGAGACCUCUAUUUACUUAAUAUUUUUGCUGUAAUAUAUGUUUUUUUGAUGAAAAAAGUUGAUAUUAUGCCUCUAUUUUAAUAUAUCAA